CGUGUGUUUCUCUCUCUCUUCAGGAGGAGCAAGUACAGUAAAACCAAGCAGGAUGUGGAAGAGGAGAAACAUCUGAACCCAGGAGUCAAAAUCUAUGUGGAUCCGUUUACCUACGAAGACCCGGACCAGGCCAUCCACGAGUUUGCCAAAGAGAUAGACGUUAGCAGUAUUCACAUCGAGAGGGUUAUUGGCAUAGGAGAGUUUGGGGAGGUGUGCAGCGGUCGGCUGCGCGCGCAGGGGAAGAGGGAGAUCUACGUGGCCAUCAAGAGCCUGAAGGCGGGAUACUCGGACAAACAGAGGAGAGACUUCCUGUCCGAGGCAUCCAUCAUGGGACAGUUUGACCACCCCAACAUCAUCAGACUGGAGGGCGUCGUCACGAGGUGCAAGCCACUGAUGAUAAUCACGGAAUAUAUGGAAAAUGGAUCCCUGGAUGCCUUUCUUCGAAAACACGACGGCCAGUUCACAGUGAUCCAGCUGGUCGGUAUGCUGCGCGGCAUCGCCUCGGGUAUGAAGUACCUGUCAGACAUGAGCUACGUUCACAGAGACCUGGCGGCUCGAAACAUCCUGGUCAACAGCAACCUGGUGUGUAAGGUGUCCGACUUCGGCCUGAGCCGAGUUCUGGAGGACGACCCCGAGGCCGCCUACACUACAAGGGAGGCAACCGGGUCCUAUCUGUCCCCUGGAGGGAAGAUCCCCAUCAGAUGGACGGCUCCAGAGGCUAUCAGCUACAGGAAGUUCACCACGGCCAGCGACGUGUGGAGUUAUGGGAUAGUCAUGUGGGAGGUGGUUGCGUACGGAGAGAGGCCGUACUGGGACAUGAACAACCAGGAUGUGAUUAAAGCAAUUGAAGAAGGAUACAGACUGCCCGCUCCAAUGGACUGCCCUGUGGUGCUCCACCAACUCAUGCUAGACUGUUGGGAGAGAGAGCGAGCAGACAGACCCUCCUUCAGCCAGAUUCUCAAUAUGCUGGAUAAACUUAUACGGAACCCUGGCACCCUGCGCCGCACAGGAGGGGACAGACCGCCGGGCACAAUGCUCGAGUCCAGAGUGGGAUCAGAAGUGUGUGUCUCUGUUGCACCAGAGGUGUGUGUGCCACAGUGGUCGCUAUAUGAUUGGUUGCAGCCCAUAGGGUUGGAGAGAUACAGAGACGUCCUUGCAGCUGCAGGAUACUCCAGCCUCGACAGCCUUCUGGCUCUCACACACCAGGAGCUGGACAGACUUGGAAUAAUCUCACCCUCACAUCAGGACAUACUAAUUGCGAGUGUGCAGCAGGAAAUGUUGUCCCAAAUGCAACACAUGCAACACUCUAUGGUCCCAGUCUGAGCUGGUGAGCGGUUACAAACCUGUUUUGAGACGAAUUUCAUUUACCUCAUUUGUGCACUUUAGAGGAACUGUUCACCAGUGGAAGUACAAGAAGUGAAGGAACAUAAGAAGAAACCUACAGUGGCGAGCACUUUUGUGAACUUCCAUCCCGUGGAGCUUUCGACAAGCCCUGAUCAGGACACGGCCACAGAAAGCUCUGAGCUUUUGAAAGCUUAGACCGAUGGUUCAUCCUGUUUUUCUAGCUCUGAUUUCUCCUCUCUCUCUCUCUUUUUUUUUUUUUUUUUCUUAUCGGUUCGGUGAAGGCUGACAUGUGCAUAAGCAGAAUGGCUUCCGAGUUAUUUUCUUUUGCGCUUCACUUGAAUUAAAUGUAUUUUUUCACUUGUUCUGAUGAAUGCCGUGUGUGCGUAAGUGUGUCUGUGUGUCUGUAUGCACUGUGUAGCAUGAAACCUUUCAACACGAUCUCUGUCUGUUAAGAUGUCGGCUGUCUUCAUAUGAUCUUAAUAUGCAAAGUAUAAGAGAUAGUGGGAGGACUCAGACCGAAUGUAUCACUUCGAGCUCUUACUGAUUUCAUACCAGUGGAGUGUUCAAACAAACAGGCUGGUUCGAUUGUUUUGGUUUUUUUUAAUCCUUUUUUUAUUUGUGAUUCUAAAAACAGUUGCUUUUGUUGACUUAGACAUUUAGACUGGAAUGUCAUUCAUCUGUGUCUGUAUGUACGUCCCUUUGAUGACGAGGAUUAGCUACUUGAAGCAUUUUGUUUAUUUAUGGUCCUUUUUUAUCCAGUUUGUACAUUGUAAAAUAGAAACGCUGAGGAGAUAUUGUAAUGAGUGCCAUAUUGCGUUACAAUAAACGCCAAACUUAUUGGUGUA